UUACGUAUUCUUCUUCUCUUUUAAAUCAUGCUGUUCCCCCGCACUCAUAACCUUCCAUAAUUCAAGAGAGAGAGAGAGAGUCUGUAUUAAUGGAUGUCUCAUGUGUGUGUGUGUUUGUGUGAGAGAGUGAACGAAUUUUGAAAGAUGGCGACGCGAUCGUCGUGCCAAUGAACCUUUUUGAGAGACUCCAAGUUUAAGAGAAGAUUUCUCGAUUCAAGGGAAAGACCUGUUGAAUUCGAAUGCAGUUGUUUGGUUGGAAUAUUUACUGAUAGCGCAUUGUAUCAAGAACUUGGAUUCUAGAUUCCUAAAUGAUAGAUGUCUUUAAAGUUUAACUGAGUUUGUAUUAUGAAAGAGGUUGACAAGAAGAUAACUCCAAACAAUAAUCAGAAGAAAUAUUCUGGAAGAUCUCAAAGGAGAGAACGAAAGCUUCCACUAGAACAUGCCAGUAAUACUUUGAUUGAGAGUGAAGCUGAAUCUAAAUCUUCUUCAGAAAAACUGAAUCCCAGUCCAUGUACCCUUUCACAACCUACUACAGAGCCUGUUGAGGUGUAUAAGAACAUGGUCAUACAUUAUGCUGAUGAUGAUGAUGAUACCAGCAGAUUGGAGGAGCCAUCUCAAGAUCUAAAACCAUCUGAAGUUUCUGAAAAAGAGAAUAAGGAAGAAAUAAGCGCGAAUUCCAUUGGUUUAGAGAGGGAAGAGAAGAAAGAAAAUGGAGAACCCGAUCCAGAUGGAGAAUUGCAGAACAGCAUUGAAUCCAAUGAAGGCUUGACAGAAAUUGCCUCCUCAAAGAAUGUGAAAAUUCAUCCUUGCAGUGUUAACGGCGAACCUGUUCAUGAGGUAAAGGAAGUGGAUGUAUUGGAGGAGGCCUCAAAUGAUGAGCACAAAGAGAAACCUGGUAUGGACAAAAAAAUUGAAGAGAUGGAGAUGAGAAUUCAGAAACUUGAAGAGGAGCUAAGAGAAGUUGCUGCCCUUGAAAUUUCACUCUAUUCUGUUGUACCUGAGCAUGGAAGUUCAGCACAUAAAGUGCAUACAUCUGCUAGGAGGCUUUCUAGGUUAUACAUCCACGCUUGCAAAUAUUGGUCAUCGGACAAACGGGCAACAGUUGCAAGAAGUGCUAUCUCUGGACUUAUUUUUGUUGCCAAAUCCUCCAGCAAUGAUGUGCCAAGGUUGUCUUUCUGGUUGUCCAACACUGUUGUUCUGAGGGAAAUUAUCUCGCAAGUCUUUGGGAAUUCAUGCUCCCAUUCAAGAAUUUUUGAGGUAGCAGGUCAAGGAAAGAAAAGUGAAAGCAAGCUAUCAUCUUUGAAAUGGAAAGGUAAUUCUAAGCAGGGAUUUACGCAAUUCCUCGAUGACUGGCAAGAGACUAGCACAUUCAUAGCCACACUAGAGAAAGUUGAAUACUGGAUUUUCAAUAGGAUAGUUGAGUCUAUUUGGUGGCAGGCUUUGACUCCAAACAUGCAAUCCCCAACUGAAAAAACGAAUUCUGGUAAAAUGCUAUCGUCAGACGAUCAUGAGAAAGGAAGCUACUCGAUUGACCUCUGGAAAAAUGCGUUUGAGGAUGCUCUUAAACGACUUUGUCCAGUUCGAGCAGGCGGGCAUGAAUGUGGCUGCCUCCCUGCAUUGUCAAGAAAGGUCAUGGAACAGUGUGUUUCAAGGCUAGAUGUGGCUAUGUUUAAUGCUAUUCUGCGUGAAUCAGCUCACGAGAUUCCAACUGAUCCUUUAUCAGAUCCUAUAAUCGAUCCUAACGUUUUGCCUAUACCUGCGGGGGAUUUGAGUUUUGGUUCAGGUGCACAACUGAAAAAUUCGAUCGGAAAUUGGUCUAGAUUGCUUGUUGAGCUGUUUGGAACCAAUGAAUAUGAUUCAUCAAAGGAAAAUGAGCAGAUCAACUCAGAUGAUGAUAAUCAAGGUGGAAAUGUCGAGUCAAAACAUUUCAACCUUCUCAGUUCCCUUAGUGAUCUUUUGAUGCUUCCAAAAGACAUGCUUAUAAAUCGGCCAGUUAGAGAAGAGGUUUGUCCAUCUAUCGGUCUUCCAUUGGUCAAACGAAUACUCUGCAACUUCACCCCAGACGAGUUCUGCCCAGACCCUGUUCCUGGUGCUGUUUUAGAGUCAUUAAAUGCCGAGUGUCUGAUAGAACGCAGAAUAUCUGGAGAAUCAGCUGGAAGCUUCCCUUAUAGAGCUUCUCCGGUUAUCUAUACCCCUCCCUGUUCGAAGGACGUGGCGGAGAAAGUUGCAGAAGCAGGAACUAAAUCUCAUCAACUUUCGAGGAAUGCGUCUGUCAUACAACGAAAAGGGUAUACGAGUGAUGAGGAAUUGGAGGAGUUGCAGUCACCUCUAACAUCCUUCAUUCAGAAUUUCCCAUCAUCUCCAUCUGUUGACGUCGCUAAUGGAAGAACUGUAAGGUAUGAACUCCUUCGUGAAGUUUGGAAUUAGGCGUGAUUGUUUUCUUGUUUGUAUAUAAGGAUAAAUGCUUUUGAAUCUAGUUAAAAUUAUAAUAAAAAUCAUUUUCAGUUUGGAAUUUGAUUGGAUCCAUUAGUUUAUGAUGGGGAUUUGGUAUUGUAUUAGUAAAGACUUUUAUUUAAUUAGAAUGAAUUAAUUCUUAAUAUCAUUGAUGUCAAUUGUCAUAUUUGUAUA